UCCCCCAACAAUCCUUAAUUUUCCAAAGAAAUUCACCACUUCCAAAUAUAUCAGUUGAGAUCAAAUUUUAGUGACACACCUCUUCGCCGGAAUAGAUGGUGCGUCGGCUGCGGAUUUGCGGACUGACGGCGUGCGCGAUGCGAAGCUCCCUCUAGGGUUUCUUCUUGUCCAUAAUUUCUCUCAGGCUUGCCUGCAGACGCUUCAGCAGCUGUGCCCGAACGGUGGAAACGGGAGCGUCCUGGCGAUAUCUGGAUUCCACCACGCCCGACGCCUUCGACACCAACUACAACGCCAAUCUCCAGGUUGGCGGCGGCCUCUUCCUCAGCGACCAAGAGCUCUUCUCCACCGUCGGCCGCAACGACACCGCCGCCGCUGUCAACCUUCGUGACCUAACCGCCGUGUCGUCUGGUUAGGCUUCCUCAGAGGCCAAGAGCUCUUUUCCACCGUCGGCCGCAACGACACCGCCGCCGCCGUCGACUCGUUUGCCGCAGAGCACUUGUCGGCCGCAUCAAUAACUGGGGCUGAUACUCAGGAAGGGAGCAAGCUGAACAGUCGCUGGACAUCCCUUCCCAGACUUCCCACGCAUUCUACGACUCCAAUAGAGGGAGAUAACGUACUGAUUUCUACGAAGAAGGGGAAGUGGAAAAAGCUUUCCGGCAGCCGGUGUUCAACUUCGAACCUUGCAUCUUGUGGACCAAAAAACCCUAUUUCGAGGUGCGGUCUUGCGUCCAGGAAGAGGGAGAAGUGAAGAAGAAAGACAUUUGCUUCUCAAGAAGCAAACUCGGGUAAAUUAAACAUAUUUGUUUAUAAAUUCUGCGAGAAUGGUGUGGUGUAAGUUUUGUGCGAAAAAUUGCCCUGCGGUGCGCCUAGAAGACAGCUUCUUAUGCUGUGGCACCUGCGGGAAGGUGGUUGAGUAUGAUAAUUUCUCCAAUGAACCCACCUUCGUUAAAAAUGCCGCUGGGCAGAGCCAAUUAUCGGGAAAUUUUGUAAGGACUGUUCGAAGCUCCUUCUCGGCUUCUAGGGAAAGGGUAAUGAACAGAGCUCGUAUGGAUAUGGAUUGUAUGAUAACUGUCUUGGGCAUGGGAGGGGGUGAUUCUAUUCUUAACCAAGCUAUGGCCUUCUAUACGAUAGCGAUUGAGAGGAAUUUCACAAAGGGGCGUAGAGUAGAACAAGUUGAGGCUGCUUGCCUUUACAUUGCAUGUCGGGAAAAUAAAAAGCCAUACCUUCUUAUUGAUUUUUCAGAGUACUUGAAAGUAAAUGUUUAUGUGCUAGGUGCCGUAUUUCUGCAGCUUUGCAAACUGUUAAGUCUUGAAGAGCACCCUAUUGUUCAGAAACCUGUUGAUCCUAGCCUUUUCAUUCAUAGAUUUACAGGAGGUUUGCCAGGUGGAACAAAUAUGGAGGUUUCCAAAACUGCACUGCGCAUCAUAGCCAGCAUGAAGCGGGAUUGGAUGCAGACAGGGAGAAAACCCAGUGGGUUAUGUGGUGCAGCGUUAUACAUAUCCGCUCUUUCACAUGGUCUUAACUGUUCUAAGUUAGAUAUUAUUAAAAUUGUACAUGUUUGUGAAGCAACAUUGACGAAGCGAUUGAUUGAAUUUGAAAAUACAGAGUCAGGGGGCUUAACAAUUGAGGAGUUCAACACAAAGGCAGAGGAGCUUGAAUUAUUAUCUGCCAAACAAGCAAGUAUUGGUUCCAAAGGAUCUGGGAUAUCUGAAAUGCUUUGUGAACACAAGGGUAGUGGAAAACCUUCAUUUGCCCAUGGGCUCUGUGAAAGCUGUUAUGAUGAUUUCAUCAAACUUUCGGGUGGACUUGAUGGAGGAUCAGAACCUCCAGCUUUCCAGCGGGCUGAGAGGGAGAGAAUGGAGAAAGCUGCUGCAUAUGAAAAUGCUACUGAUUCAGGCUAUGUACUUAUGCCUUCCCAAAAGCAAAACAAGAAUGAGCAAUUCAAUAAAUCAUUGGAGAAAGAGUUUGAUGUCCCAAAUGUGAGGGAAAGUGAGAAACUACCUUUUGCAGAGCCUAAAAAUAUUGGUGUUACUACUGAUAGUGCAACUAGUGAGGGUGUUCGUGGUGAAUUUCACGAAGCCGAUGGAACUACUAAUAAAGCUUGGGAUGAAUCAGAAAGCCUUUCUGAUAUUGAUGAUGUUGAGCUUGAUGGCUAUCUUCAUAAUGAGGAGGAGAAACGUUUGAAGAAAAUUAUUUGGGAAGAAAUGAACAAGGAGUAUCUUGAGGAACAAGCAGCGAAGGAAGCAGCCGCAGCAGCUGCUAAGGAAGCUUUUGAGGCCAAUUUUCGUGAUCGUCCAGAGGAAUUGCAAGCUGCAAGAGAGCUUGCUGCUGCUGCUGCCGCAGCUGUAGCAAAAUCAAGAAAGGAGAAGCAACAAAAACGAGCUGCAGAAGCUAGAAAUGCAACUCCUGCUCAAACUGCAGCAGAAGCCACCCGUCAAAUGCUUGCUAAGAAGAGACUCAGCUCAAAAAUUAACUAUGAUGUAUUGGAGAAACUUUUUGAUGAACCUGUGACUCCAGAGAACCCUAAGAAAACACGAACUGAAACACCUCUUGAUGAAGAUGGCAAUAAAAACUCCAGAAAAAGAGAAAAUUCGGAGGACAUUUACAGAGAUGGUGACUCAGGGCUUGCAGAUGAAUAUGAAGAUGAUGGGUAUACUGGAAGAGCAUUUGCAGAUGAAUAUGAAGAUGAUGGGUAUACUGGAAGAGCAUAUGCAGGUGAUUUGUAUGAAGAACAUGUUGGCUAUGAUAUUGACAACGAUGAGUACUGAUCAAUUCCUAAGAGCAAUUAUUUUUAGUAUUAUUUUCUCACAAAGAAUAAAAGUGAAAGAUUAAAAGUAAGGAAAUAUUUAAACUAUUUCUCAAGUAAUAGCAUGAAUGCCCUGUUUUCGUUUU